AUGUCUUUUGUACCUCGAAAGGUUUUCCCAGACUACCGCCUACCUUUAUCCAAUUUCAAAGGUCAUCACCAAAAGGCGCUUACGAAGUUUGGCCAUCUUGCUCCGCAGGUAGACUUGGUGUUAGAAGUGCGAGAUUCGAGAGCUCCCAUCUCUACGACAAAUGUGCUUUUCGAUCGGGUUUUGGCUCGCAAGGAAAAGCUCAUUCUCUACAGCAAGCAGGACCUUUCCAUUCUAAAACCGAAACUACUAGCCAAGUGGCAUGCCAACGAGAAAUUUCUCUUUGUCGAUACCAGAUCAAAGAAGGAUGCCAAGCGCAUAUUGAAAGCAAUCGAAGAUCAUUACACAAACAUGGUUCCUCCUCCGCCUUUAGGGCUCCGCACUAUGAUCAUUGGUAUGCCCAACGUAGGAAAGUCCACUUUGGUGAAUACGUUGCGGUCAGUGGGGUACAUUGCGCUGCUUGGUGACCGAGUGUCAACUAAAAAGUCAAAAGUGGCAAAAACUGGCGGUCAGCCGGGUGUCACUAGAAACACAAGCGAAAUCAUCCGUCUCAGUAAGGACCCAGACAUUUUGGUUUAUGACACACCAGGGGUUUUUCUCCCCACAGUAAAAGAUGGCGAAACUAUGCUUGCUCUUGGGCUUGUUGGAUGCGUGCAUACGUCUUUCAUUGAUCCAGUUAUUCAAGCCGAUUACUUAUUGUAUCUCCUCAAUUUGCAAGAUCCAACGGGGGCGAAGUACAAUGAGUAUAUUGAUCAUCCUACCAAUAGCAUCCACGAGCUCUUAUAUAACAUUGCGAAAAAGAGGAAAGUUCUUCACAAAGACGACACCUACGAUGAGUUGGGAAUGGCGAACUAUUGGGUUAACUUGUGGAGGCAAGGGAAAAAUCAACGCUAUAAGGGAUUGUUCGAUAAGGCUGCAAUCGAAGAAGCUGACGCAACUGAGGUGAAGCGCCUAUUGAAAUUAGAACAGACGCGAGUCAAGGAAACAACAGUACACAACAAAAUCACGAAUAGUUUGGGUGAGGAUGGUACUGGCUUCUCGAAGAACAGGAAAAGAACAGCCAAGGAUAGAGAGUACGACUUGAGAAACCAACUUUUCAAAUUAUGA